UUAACAUGUGAACAUUUCUGUAGAUCCAGAGAGAGAACGAGAGAGAGUGAAAGAGAGAGAGAGAGUCACAGUGCUACUUUCUUAACGCACCCACCACUGUAGAGUCCCAGCAUUUAACUUAACAGCAGGAAAGUUACAGCUGACAUCAAAAGUUGUUUUUUUUUUUUUUUUUUUAUACAGAAACAGAAUUUUUUUCCAUCAUAACCAGCACUUGCGUUAAUUUAUUUAAAAUUAUUAUUUGCGUUUUUACUUCUAUUUGUAAUACACUCUUUAUAUAUAUGUGUGUGUGUUAUUUCUGAUCAAAUAAGGCUAAACAAAAUUGCACUUAUAAAAAAAAAAUAAUAAUAAUAAAAGAAAAGAAGAUGGUGCAUUUGCAAUUCCUUCUGGUAUUGGCAGUUGCGGUUAAUUUCUGGGAGAGUGGUGAUGCAAAAUUUGGUGAAAAAGGUGAAAUUGGUCCAAGGAGGAGGAGAUGUCUGGACGGAAGCACACCAAGGCGUCUGAAGAAGAGAGAGAGACCCUUGUCAGUGGACGGCAGCCGCGGCGGGGAGAUUUGUCACACGUUCUACCCACGGCAGUCCUGCUGUUACACCAGAAGUGCUGCCCAUCAGAACCUGCACCUUCGGGAUGCGAGGAUAUUUUCUGUUACCAACAACACAGAAUGUGCAAAGCUGCUGGAAGAAAUCAAGUGUGCACGCUGCUCACCACAGGCUCAGAAUUUGUUUCAUUCACCUGACAUAGAGGAUGCCGCUGAUAGAGAGCCAGUUCUGCCCUUGCUGUGCAGCGACUAUUGCAGAGAGUUCUACUAUGCCUGCAGAGGCCACAUACCAGAAUUAUUCCAAGCUGAUGUGGAUGAGUUCUGUCUGUAUUUUGGAAGAAGAGAUAGCGGUUUGUGCUUUCCAGAUUUUCCCAGAAAACAAGUGCGGGGGCCAGCCUCUAACUAUUUAGACCAGAUGGAAGAUUAUGAAAAAGUAGAAGAGAUGAACAGAAAACACAAGCACAAUUGUUACUGUGUUCAUGAGAUGCUGCGAGGCCUGAGGCAACCUGUCGGAAUUGUGAACUGCGGGGAUGGAUCUCAGCGGCUCUUCAUCCUGGAAAAGGAGGGUUUUGUGAGGAUUCUGACACCAGACAUGGAACUGAUCAAAGAGCCCUUUCUGGAUAUUCACAAGCUAGUCCAAAAUGGAAUAAAGGGAGGAGAUGAAAGAGGACUUUUAAGCCUUGCAUUCCAUCCCAAUUACAAGAAAAAUGGAAAGCUGUAUGUCUCCUAUACCACCAACCAAGAACGGUGGGCCAUUGGACCACACGACCAUAUUCUUAGAGUGGUGGAAUACACAGUAUCCAGGAAAAACCCCAGCCAGGUGGAUCCGAGAACAAAGCGAGUGUUCAUAGAGGUAGCAGAGCUACACAGAAAACACCUGGGAGGUCAGCUGCUCUUUGGGCCUGAUGGCUUCUUGCAUAUUUUCUUUGGGGAUGGGAUGAUCACACUAGAUGACAUGGAGGAGAUGGAUGGAUUAAGUGAUUUUACAGGCUCUGUACUGAGAGUGGAUGUAGAUACAGACUGUUGCAGUGCACCAUAUGCUAUACCAAGGAAUAACCCCUACUUUAACAGCACCAAUCAGCCACCUGAAAUAUUUGCACAUGGACUUCAUAAUCCAGGCAGGUGUGCUGUGGAUCAGGGUCGGAUAGACACAAACGGCAGCCUUUUAAUACUUUGCUCGGACUCAAGUAGCAAGAACGCAACCGCAAGAAGAAUACUGCAGAUAUCCAUGGGUAAAGACUAUGAAAAUGAACCUUCACUCUUUGAACUGAAAUCCAGCAGUAGUGCUCCUCUAGUUGGAGGGUUUAUAUACAGGGGCUGCCAGUCAAGGAGACUGUAUGGAAGCUAUGUCUUCGGGGAUAGGAAUGGACAUUUUGGAACCCUCCAAAAAACAGCAACGGGCAAACAUUGGCAGGAGAAGGCUCUGUGUUUUGGCAGCCGCAGUUCAUGUCAGAGUUCUCUUACUGGUCACAUCUUGGGAUUUGGAGAAGAUGAACUUGGUGAGAUGUACAUUUUGACAAGCAGCAAAAGCAUGACACAGUCUCACAGCGGGAAGCUCUACAAACUGAUCGACCCAAAAAGACAUCAGGUCCCUGAAGAAUGCAAGAGACAGGUUCAGUCUCCACAGCCCUUACUCACUGAGUGCUCCCGCCUUUGUAAGAAUGGACACUGUACACCAACAGGACAAUGCUGCUGCAGUCCAGGCUGGGAGGGUGAUUUCUGCAGAGUGGCUAAAUGUGAACCAGCAUGCCGCCACGGUGGGGUUUGCUUCAAACCCAACAAGUGCUUGUGUAAAAAAGGCUAUUCGGGGACCCAGUGUGAACAAGUGGACCGGAGCAUCCGAAAGGAGAACGAAGAAGGCAUCCUUGAUCAGCUCGUAGACAUGACGACAUACCUGCUGGACCUGACAAGCUACAUUGUAUAAAAACAAUCCUGUUCUUCACAUGCAAACUGCAAAAGGGACAUUUAUAGGUUUGUUCUCGUUCAUUUCACAAAAACAUCACCCUGAUAAUCGGGCGCCUUUUCAGUUGCACCAGAACUGGUACCGAAGGUCAAAACAGAUCUUUUGAAGAUACAAGAAGAGAACAUUGCUUUAGUGUGCAUUCAAAACCAUUUUAGUUCAGGGUUUUUACAUUUUCAUGUUUUUUUAAGUAUCUUAGCCAGGAUGACUCUUCAGGUACUUGAUGUUGGAAUGUUUUUGGAAUGUGGGUAAAGUUUAAUUACAUGUUAAACUGUAUCUUUAGUAUCAAGCUUCUAAAAAGCUCUUUCUGAAUGGUCUGGCAUAAAAAGAUUCUUUCUGGAAUGCAGAUAACACUCCAUGCUGCUGUGAUGCCCCACUGUGGUCAAUUAACUCUCAUGGAGGAAAGAAACCGUUCUUUUAAAGUUUGACGCUAUGGAGGACAUAUUAUUAGCUCUGUACACCUACUGAGAUUAUAAAUGAAAAAAAAAUAAUAAUAAUAUGGAAAUCACAAAACUCAUUAUAUAGGACCUCCAGUCCUCCAUUUAAUUCAGCACCAUUACCAAAAUAACAGUGCAGGAAGAAUGCUCCCAGGGGGUCCCCAUGCAUUCCCAAAUGCUUUGAGCUCUUGCCAGAAAGAGUAUGAGCAGGUAGUGCGUAAGCCUCACCUCCAGAAUCAAGGAAUCUAUCGAAGCAGGAGAGGUUACUUUAUGUGCAGCUUCAAAAGGUACAAAAAUAUGGCAUCUCUUUAAACAGCUAUUCAUAUCUAAAUUGCAUUAUGUUACAAAGAGAGAAAGGCUUGGAAGUUCUUGAAAGUGCUAGACUGCUGUCUCUAAGAAAGCAGAGACACGUAUUUAAUCAGUAAUCAUCAUGGUUUCAUUCUUCUUUAUGUAAAUGCCCCCCCCCCCCCAGCAUAGGCCUUUUAUUUCAUUAUUGCAGUAACCUUGUUUUGGCAAAGUGCAUUGUGAUGUAUAUUUCAUACAGGGCAGAUAUAAAAAGAAAACGUAACAUUAUUCCGAAGCAAAUUUAUAUUUGUUUUUACAGUUCGUUUUUUUUUUCUUUGGGGAAAAAAAAAAGAUUAGCAAGCUGUCUUACCAUAAAGAUGUAAAUUCCGUCGUUGAUGUAUUCUGUUAUUUAGUGUAUUUUUAGUUUAAAAAAAAACAACUAUGUGUAUAAUUAAUGUGUUAAGUUAAUAUAUUUUGUGUAAACGCAUGCUUAAAGACAUCGAGCAGUGUUACACUGUGGCCUUUGAGCUGCUGGAAUGUAUGAAACAUUACCUGUUCCGUUUUUGCUGUGUACAUCUGCACCAGAUAUGUAUUAUUUUGUAUUCCUUUUUAACCAUCAGCCUGUUGCCUAGUGGGGUUGCCUUUUUGUCAAAGUACAUUCAAAGAUGAAAAAUAGUUAAUGAGAAUCUCAGCUGUUUUGUUGUAGAAAGACAUGCUGGAUUUAGAAACAUGUUUUAUUAUGGUUGUAUUGUUUUGUUUUGUAUUAUUGUUUGUAAUCUUUUAGCUGAUCCCAAUUUUAUAAAAAAAAAAAAGGUAUGCAUCACUUCAAUUGUUCAUAAGUUGCAUUGUUUAAUUAUGUCCCAAAACUGCCACUUCCUUGAUAAAUCACAUUAAACACCACUAGAAUUUAUAGCAACGUGAGAAAAAAAAAAUUGUUUAAUGUAGUCAUUUACAGGACAGAGAUUUCUCAAAUAGAGCAUUACAAACGUAUAUAUAAAGGCACUGAGGCUUAACACAACUUAUUUUAGCUUUACAGUAAAGUAUAAUGACUCUCCCUUUAUAAUGUCAUAUCACUUUCCAUGACAUAGGGAAUAUGGCUGUGUUGAUUUAUUAAUCCUUUAUCAAUGGAUCUGGCAAGAUAUGCAUCCAAUAGAUCUUGAACUUCAAUAUAUACUGUAUACUGUUUUAAUACAGUGCACAAUACAUACAGCUGGUUUUCGUAGACCCAAUAAGCACUAAUGUUGGACUACCUUCCCGGGGUCUGUACUUUGGGGUGUUAUUUGUCUAUAAUCUGACAAAAUCAUUUUUUCAUGUAAUGUAAAACAUAUAGCCUACUUCCCUACUUGUAUUGUGAUUAUAGAAUAGAUUGACAUUUAGAAAUCAUGGAAUAAAAUAUUAAAAAUGCAAUUUAUCGGUAUUUAAUUCUAGUGGUGUCCAGAAACAUUUGAUUGACGGUGUAUGUGUAACAGCUGUCUGAAGUCAUUAACAGACCUGUAGCGGUCAUAGAUUAUGUUAAAAGUAACAAAUUGCCUAUUGUGAAUUACAAUUUCAACCCCUGUUUGUGUAAUUUCAGCACUUAAUGUGAAUCUUUAUAGGGGAGAAUUGAAAAUUAAUUGUGUGAAUAGAGUACACUUUAUUAUUAUUAUUAUUAUUAUUAUUAUUAUUAUUAUUAUUAUUAUUAUUAUUAUUAUUAUUAUUAUUUAAGUAGUUAAAAAAGUUAUUUAAAAUCUUGUUUAAAAAAAACAUGUUUCAUUCUUUUUAUGUAAAGAAUUUGAUAAAGGUGUAUUGUAAAUAAUGCUAGGAUAAUAAAGCAUCUGGGUUGGAUCUCACAAAUAUAAUUAUGUUUAUUAAAGUUUAUAGCAUGUAUUAA